AUGAGGGUCGGCGCGCUGUUCGCAGCAUUGUGCGCGGUCGAAGCAGGCGCGACUGUGGCGAGCGACUUGCACAUCGAGACGGCAUACCCUCCGCCUGUGGAAGCUUUGCGCUCGUCGCUGCUUCGAGUCCCCAGAGUCGAUGCUUCCAACGGACCACGCAUGUCUCCGUUGGAAGAGUCCCCCCAAGUGGAGUUCGGUGUCGGCCACCCAGGCGGGAGCAAUGUACCCAGACGCCUAGGGGAAAAGGAAGAAGUGGGCGACGGCCAAAGUCCGCUGCAGAACGCUCAACAGCUUUUGAGGAGUCCUGAUACACAGGAUAUCGGGUCGGCGCAUGCACGGCUUGGUCGUCUCUUGGAUGGACAGCAGAGACAACAGAGCGAACGUGCAUUUGCGGCCGAGCCUGUCGCCACCCCUGAUUCUGACACAGACACCGAGGUCGAUGAUAAAGUUGAGGAAACCGUGGGUGGGGCUCCAGAUGAGGCCGAGCGACCGCGUGCAGAGCGGCCGGUCCGCAACCGUGGUGGGGAUGCCCCACACCACGCCCAAGUUCCCGACCGCAACGCGGAGCUGUCUCGCUUCGGAGAGGGCUUCUCAAAUGAACACGAAGGAGUUAGCGACAGGAGGCUCGCAGAACUCGGAGCAGGUGCGGCGCUGGAGGGAGGUCCCCAAAUGGAUCUGGGCGGCAACAGUGGCCGCGGAGCUCGGCUGCUGCGGGCACCAGGGUGGACGAACAUUAUCGCCCUGGCAGCUGGAUUUCUCGUGUCUGCGUUCGGAUACAGCGCAUACACAUACGGCGGACCGAGGGUAGCUUUGCGAAUUCACAAGCUUCACCUGAAGAGGAAGAUGCCCCUUUCGUGGAACCGGUAUUUGAGCAAUUUGCCUGUACUGGAUGAGUCGCGUUUCGAGGAGUUCGAUAGCAUCAUGCAGUGGCUGAAACCCGGGGUGCGGCUGGUCAAGCGCGUGGCGCACGUGUCUUCGGCGCUCGCGGAUUUCUUGGGGUUGGACGAGGAGACGCGGCGGACAGGCAUUGUGAUAAAGGUCAAGUCUUCGAUGGGCGCUGAGGCACGGCGCCUGAUGUACGAAAUAAACGCGCACACGAACAUGGUUCCGCGGAAUCCUUUUUUUCUGCCGCUCAUCGGGGCGUUCCGGGGAACCAGCAACCGCGCGGUGUACCUGCUUCUCCCUCGCGCGCGCGCGGAUGUGGCUGACUAUGUGAAGGCACGGCCUUUCGACGUGGAUGUUCGCCUCGCUGCCGCCGAGAUGGUUUACGCGGAAUACAUUCUCCACGAGAGCGGCUUCUUGCACCGGGACAUCAAGGCGCACAACUUCUUCGUGGGCUUCGACGGCCACGUCCUGCUCGCGGACUUUGAAGGCGUCGGCGUGCUCCAGCAACGCACGCCCGUCGUCGGCACGCGGGGCUACUUUGCGCCGGAGCUGUCUCGGCCCACGGACCACACGGAGAAGUCCGACGUGUUUGCUCUCGGCCAAACGUUCAAGCGGAUCGCGAAGUACCUGGGGCAGGCCGUGCGCAUCCCGCGGCUCAACGAGUUCUGGUCCCUCGUCAAGAAGAUGACCGCGAAGGAUCCCAGGGACCGACCGACGAUGAAAGCGAUCAUGAGCGAUCCCUACUUUGACGGCAUCGAUUUUGCGCGCCUAGAGUUAAAAGACCAGGGUGUGCCCUUCAAGGGGGACUUCUCGAUCGACGUCCCCGACGCGGCCGGGCCGAUGUUCGUGCAGGCGAACGUCAGGGAGCGUGAGGAGGACAGACGAGAAGACUGA